AUUAGUAUAACGUUGGCUUCCAAGAGAGCAGUGCGAAACGUAAUUUACAUCGCGCCAACAUGGAAGUGAUGUUGUUUUUUACAAGUUGAGGAAAACUAAGCUAAUUAUACGUUAUAAAAACCUUCUAGAUACACAUUCAAGCGGGUUUCAAAAAUGUCGAUCUCCGAGGAUUUACAAUGCAUUGUGAGUACAAAAGAGGGUCCUAUCUGUGGAUAUAUCGACAAGACUGGUGGGACUGAUCAAUAUAAGUUCAAAAGCAUACCGUAUGCGUUACCGCCUGUUGGCAGAUUAAGAUUCUUGCCGCCGUAUCCAGUCCGACCAUGGACAGAAGUACUCGAUUGCACUAAGGACCACCCCAUACCCAACUACAGUACCAAAAAUCUGGAUGUAACCGGCGCAGAAGACUGUCUCUACAUAGAAGUGUGUUCUCCAAAUAUUCAGCCAGACAAACCCUUACCAGUCAUGUUUUGGAUAGGAGGAUACUUCUUUACGUACGUAAUAGACCAAAUACUCGACCCAACGCUACUUGUAGAACAAAAUGUAGUGUACGUGAGAUGCGGAUUCAGAACAGGACCCUUCGGAUUCCUGUCCAUUAAUGAUUACACAGCACCAGGAAACUGUGGACUCAAAGACGUAGUACUGGCACUUAAAUGGGUGCAAAAUAAUAUAUGCUUUUUCGGAGGAGACCGAAAUAAUGUCACUCUGUUUGGAAGCUCCUCAGGCGGAGCUAUUGUCAACUACAUGAUGCUAUCCCCAAUGGCAACGGGACUCUUUCACAAAGCAAUCAUACAGAGUGCUAGUGCCUUAAAUAACUGGUCGUUAAACAAAAACCCAUCACAACCUGUGAUAGAACUAGCUAAGGAGCUGGGAAUAAACAAGUCUUCGAAACAAGAAAUUGUGGACGAGCUAAGAAAGCUGCCAGCUAAAGACAUUAUAUCAGCAUUUCUUAAGUUGAAGAAAGCAUCGGAGAGCAAAGCUCACGGCUUCGUCAUCGACUCAGUAUUCAAGCCGUGCAUCGAAGUCGAUCUCGAAGGGCUCCCAGCUUUCAUCACUAAAGGACCAUCCGUAACCAUUAAAUCUGGGAACUUUAAUAAAGUACCUAUAAUCAUUGGAAGCAACAAUACGGAAGGUUCUCUACUAGAGUUUAUUGUCGAAGACUUUUAUUCAGACUACGAAAAGUAUAAUGAGAAUGUUAGUCUGCUUGUGCCAAGAGAAUUGACAAGAGAAGAUAAAAUAACACAAACCAUAGGACAUAAGUUACUGAAAUUUUAUUUGGGGGGCGAGGAAUAUCUGACACCCGAUACGAGAACGCAGUACUUACAACUGAUAAGCGACUACUACUUCACGUACUAUGUGAACAAGACUGUUAGGAUGUUAAAACAGCCUAUGAAUGGGGUACCGAUAUAUUAUUAUGUCCUAAACUUCGCUGGUGAAUGGACUGUACCAAAAAAACUGGAGUUUCUGAACUCUGUUGGUCAUGCCGCAGAACUACCUUUUCUUUUCCGUAUUAAAUCGGAAGAUGAGGUCUGCAAAGGGAGCAGGGACUCCAUAGCUACUAGGACAAGAGUCAUUAAAUUAUGGACGAAUUUUGCCAAGACUGGAAACCCCACACCCGAACCCCAUGACCCAGCAUUAUCAAUAACCUGGGACCCCGUCAUGACCGAGGAGCACCUGAACUACCUCAGCAUAGGGGCAGAACUCACGAAGGGCAGCAACCCCUUCUACGAACGGAUGAAAUUUUGGGACGACUUACAAAAAGAACAUUCUUUCGUUAAAACACUCGUUCAUUUUACUGAUCUUGGCUAUGGAGGGUGCUGCAUCGCCGCGAAAAACUAGGAAAAAGAAUUCUUUGUUUUACUUUUCUAGCUAUCUCUCUUUCUUCCGUAUUGUUCGAUUUCUGGGCAGUUGUCCAUUAUUAUGUAAGGUAUUUUUAAUAAAUAAAUAUUUUAUAAAAUAAA